AUGGUUACAAGCAGCUUCUCAUCAUCAACACGCAUCGCGGAUCGUAUGCGUAACUUUAAGAAAGGCAUUGAUGCAGAUGAGACACGGCGGAGACGAGAGGACACUUCGAUUCAAAUUCGCAAGACGCUGCGUGACGAGCGACUAAAUCAACGGCGACGCAUGAAUUUUAAGGAAGACGGCAAUGAUGCAAUUUCGAUGAAUGCAGAGAUGCUAAAUCAGACAAUAUUUACAGUACCGGACGAGUCCAUGUGCUCGUUAAAUGCCGUCAGCAUUUCGGAGUUACCGAAAAUUGCAGCAAUGAUUCAUUCACUGGAUUUCAUGGAACAGUCGAACGCUGUUUCAAAGCUCAGAAGACUAUUGUCGCUUGAAUCGAACCCGCCAAUCAAAGAAGUAAUUAACUUAGGCGUCGUACCAUUGCUUGUCGAGUUUCUGAAGCAGCAUGAUCGACCAGAGAUGCAAUUUGAAGCUGCGUGGGCACUAACGAAUAUUGCUUCCGCGACGACAGAAGACACCGAGGUUGUCAUUCGAUGUGGUGCAGUGGAGUUGUUAUGUACGCUGUUGCUAUCGCCGAAUGAAGACGUCUGUGAACAGGCAGUAUGGGCGCUUGGAAACAUUGCAGGCGAUUCACCACAAUGUCGUGACGUAGUGCUUUCUGCUGGUGCCAUGAUGCCACUACUGACAGUAUUGCGUCGAUCGUCUGGAAAGUGCACACUUCUUCGAAACGCAACGUGGACGCUGUCAAAUUUUUGUCGAGGUAAACCACGACCAGAUUUUGAUCUCGUAAGUCCUGCUUUAGAACUUCUUCCACAUUUGAUUCAUUCGCCGGAUGAGGAGAUAAUUUCGGAUGCAUGUUGGACGCUUUCGUACCUCUCAGAUGGCAAUGUUCAGGCUGUACUUGAUGCUGGGGUCUGCAGUCGUGUUGUCGAUCUCAUGGGGCAUACGCGGGCAUCCAUACAAAUGCCAGCGUUGCGAAUAGUUGGUAAUAUUGUCUGUGGGAAUAGUCAGCAGACGCAAUUGAUGCUGGAUUUAGCCGUGCUGCCGCGCCUCGUAUCGCUGCUCAAACACGAUAAACAAUCCAUUCGAAGAGAAGCUUGUUGGACAAUAUCCAACAUCACGGCUGGUUCUCAAAGUCAAAUCCAGGAAGUGAUUGAUGCCAAUAUCAUUCCGCUGUUGCUAUCAGUACUUAUGUUAAGUGAAUUUGACGUUCGAAAAGAAGCUGCGUGGGCGAUAUCGAAUGCCACGUCUGGAGGCACCACUGAACAGAUUAAAUAUCUUGUACAACAAGGAUGCAUUCCUCCAUUGAUCGCACUCUUAAACGUCCCCGAUCCAAGUGUAAUUAAUGUGUCACUGGAUGCUUUGGAAAAUAUCCUUCAGGCUGGUGAAGCAGAUACUUCACUCACAGAUAUGGAGAAUCGCAUGGUGCUUUUUAUUGAGGAAGCGGAUGGUAUUGAAUUGAUUCAGAAAUUGCAAUUUCACGAAGAACAAGAUAUUUACGAAAAAGCGGUGCGUAUCAUCCGCGACUAUUUCGACGGUGAAGACGAUGAAGAAUUAAAUCUCACCCCAGAUAAGGAUUUCAGCCGUUUUGAAGGAAGCGAAACUGGACAGUUUAAGUUUUAG